GGCCGGGCCGGGCCGGGCCGGGCCGGGCGGGCAGCGGGGCGCUGUGCGGGUCGCUGCCAUGUGCGGGCGCGUGGCCUGCAGCCUGGCGGCCGACAACCUGCGCCGGGCCUGCGCCUACCGGGACGGGCGCGGCCGCCGCCGCCUGCCCGAGUGGAGGGAGCCGCAGCGCUACCGGCCCGCCUACAACCGCGGGCCCCAGGCCUACGGGCCCGUGCUGCUGGCCCGCCGCCACCUGCACCAGGAUGCUGACCCUUCAGAGCGUGUCCUGGUGCCUAUGCGCUGGGGACUGGUCCCGGCCUGGUUUAAAGAAGAUAAUCCUUCCAAGAUGCAGUACAGCACCUUCAACUGUCGCAGUGACACCAUGAUGGAGAAACUCUCUUACAGGGGCCCUCUUGUCAAGGGCAGGCGCUGCGUCGUGCUGGCGGAUGGAUUCUAUGAGUGGCAGCAACGCAAUGGAGAGAAGCAGCCCUAUUUCAUUUACUUCCCACAGACUAAGCAAGAAAUGUCAGACAUGAAGGAGGAAGAGGGCAAUGAGGAGGAGGAAUGGAAAGGCAAGAAGUUACUCACCAUGGCUGGGAUUUUUGAUUGCUGGCAGCCUCCCAAUGGAGGGGAUCCCUUGUACACCUACACCAUCAUUACAGUGAAUGCUUCCAAAGCCAUAAGCUUCAUCCAUAACAGGAUGCCAGCUAUCCUAGAUGGGGAUGAGGCCAUCAGGAAAUGGCUGGAUUUUGCAGAGGUGCCAACCCAGGAAGCAGUUAAGCUUAUACAGCCCACGGAGCACAUCACUUUCUACCCAGUGUCCACCCUGGUGAGCAACUCCCGGAACGACACACCAGAAUGCCUCACUCCCAUUGAGCUAGGACUCAAGCAGGAGACCAAAGCCAGCGCCAGCAGUAAAAUGAUGCUGGAUUGGUUAAAAAACAAAUCUCCCAAGAAACAGGAAGACGACCUGCCCAGGUGGUCCAGUCAGUUCAUCCAAGCUGCUACACCCAAAAGAACCAGUGCAAAUGUAAUGCACCAGUGGCUGAAGAAAGAGGAAGGAGAAUCUCCUGCUAAGAGGCCCAAGAUAUAGGAGCCAGUCUGGCCAUUUGGAGGUCAUUCCCUGUUUCCAGUUCCUAAGGAGAUGCGACACGUUAUCUUGUUAGGCCCUGCAGAUUGGUGCUGAGAUUCCCAUGACUUUGCUGCAUGGAGCAUUUCAAUUUGAUCCCUUGUAUUGAUUUGAUGGUGUAGCUCAGUGUUCCCAUUGUCCUGUAUGUUUCCUGACUCAGGAGGGUGGUGUUGACUUUGUCUUCCACUAGGCAGGCACGGUCACUUCCAACAGCUGUUCACCCCCCCCCCCCCGCAUUGCUGGCAGUGCCUUUGCCAUGGGAACACCUAUAUACCAAAUACGUAUGUGAUGGUGAGAGAGGCACUUGACCCUCUGGACAGGGACCAGUGACUAUGGAAUAUCUGAAGGUUAAUUUCUCUCCUGCCCUGGUAUUCCGCAGAUUCUCCUUUCUAUGGUGCCAGCUGGCAGCUAUCUUCUUUACAGUGUCUCCUUGACGCUGCUGAUGCUGGAAGACAUUUGCAGCUGGGAAUUUAACCAAAGGGCCAACAGCAAGUUAAUGUUUCAGUGAGACAUUCCCCAUCCUUCUCGCCUCCCCUUUGUCCAAGGCCAGGAAAUUCUGUGCUAACUCUCUCUUGCUUUGCCUUACAGCAUUCAGAAAUGCCAUAGCACUAUGGCAGGGGGAUUCUUGGGCUAUAUGUGGAGAAGAGGAAGGUUGUAUAAAUAGAUAUUAAGGGAACAGGGUCCUAUUAAAACUCAGGAAGCUUUCUGUUGUGGAACUGAGGAGGAUUAGAGAGAGAGUGAGUGAGUGAGUGUGUGUGUGGUGACAUACACAAAGUGAUCCUCAUUAACUCAGUUUUGCUGGCAAACGUUAAAAAAAGUGCCUUUACCUUAAAUUGUUUUUAUGACUCAUUGCCUGUCCCAUUUCUGACAAGCUGACCUGCCUUCAAGGAGCCUGUGUGCUAAGCCUCAGGGGCUUUUCUCACUGGCAUUAUAAUAUUUUGUGCCAGUUUCUUAGACUGUCUCUCUGUCAGAUUUUUUAGAGCUACAUGAGAUUUUUCCCCCUCAGAUUUUCUACUGCUGCCGCUCUCUGCAGCAUCAGCAGGAGAAGUUCUAAUUUCAGUGAGGAGUCAGCAUUUUAACCACUGUUAACCCUGCUCUAAGCAGGGUUAGAUAAAACAUUGGAAAAAAUGGGGCAUUGGAUAUUGCCUGCAUGAUGGCCCUUACCGCCAGUAACAGCCAGAUGUGGUGAAUUUGAGGAGAAAAGAUUUUCAGAAGGGCUGAGCAUAUCGGCUGAGCAUAUCUUAGCAGGGUUCCAGAAAGUGAUGACUGGGUUUUAUCCAUCUCCUUGGGCAGUCAUGAGUCUUCAUCUCAUAGCCUUUAUUUUUUUCUUUGGGGUGGGGUACGGGUCUUGGUCAUGUUGUUUGUGGCGCUGUUUUGUUAGUGCGGUUUUAAGAUUUAGAGUGUGUUUCUGAACUCUCCAUUCAGAGAGCUAACAAUUACUCUUUUGAGUAAGAUGGUGAGUUAGCUUUGAGCUGUACCUGAUUAGGAAAGUGCAUGCCAUUACAGUCCAGAUCACUAGAGUACCACUAAAGUAACUUGCAUUUUUUUGUCUUUGUCUGAUUGGACACCAUUGGAGUCAGAAGUGAAAGCAAAGACCUUAGCGUGCGGGGGCUGCUCUGUAAAGCUUUGCUUGUUUGCUUCUGACACAAUAGUUUGUAGAAAAUAAAGCAAUGGAUUUGUCUGUGA